AUGGAACAGAUUGAUAAUGGCACCAUUAGGGCCAUUCUAAACUCCGUGGAAGGCAAUAUCAUUGAUUCCAAAAAUUUAGAAUAUGUUAGAAAGUAUUUGGUUAAAACCAAGGGCCCUGUCAUUUCUUCCGACAAGGAAACACAGAGUAUAUUCAUAGAUCUUUAUUCCCCUCUUUUGACCUCAACUUUGAAGUCUUACGGCAUUGAUUCUUCGCGCACUCUUACAACAGAUAGUCUCAGCAUUUGGCUUCAGCGAGCUGUCCAACUUACUUCAUCUUCUGACAACUCUAUUAACUUUGGCAAAAUUGUUUCCGAUGAAGAUGCUCAAAAUAUUUUCACAUUUGUUUGCGACUUUUGGACCGACUCAGGCGUAGCUUUUGGCAACUCUCUUAAAGAGCUUUUUAUUAAAAUCAUUUCUUUAGUCACUAUUUCUAGACCGACAGACUCCAUUGUUUAUCUUCAAAAAUGGACCCAGCAUAUUCUCAGAUUUUCCAGAAAUCAAAGAGUACUUUAUUUUAUGCUUGAAAUUCUUGCAAAAAAAGUUGGAGGUCAGUUUGUUCUAGACGAUUGCCCUGAAUUUUUAUCUCAAUCAUUGGCCUUUAUGGGUUCUAAUGCUCUUGCCAAUCCUAUUGGAAAAUCUUUGUUUGCCAUUUACAGCUCAAUCCUUACACAGUGGACUGGAGACGCGAAAAAUAACAUCACUUGCGACUCAGAAAUAGCCGAAAAAUGGACUCAACUUUGGUCCGAACCGACAAGAUCUGCCUUGUUAAAUGAAAAAACUCGUGAGCAUGUUCAAACUUACUUUUUACCACAAAUGUUUAAGCGACUCCCUCAGUCACUUGGGAUUUUUAUAAAGCCGAUGACCAAUAUCAAUUUCGAUACCCCAGAAAAUGAAAUUUCUGUUUUGCUUGGUUGUAUGAAACUUGGACAUGAGCUCGGAAUUUUGGAUGUCUUUGAAGAAGGUAAUAAUGUCAUUAGUGAAGAGUUUUUGGAAAGUUUAUUUCAUCAUGAGUCACCAGUUUUGCGUAUUGGCGCUCUUUCUCUUGUCUCUAUUUUUCAACAAACUACCAGACCCGUCGCCAAGUUUGUUUUUAAGGUUUUGGAGCGUUCUCUUGAUGAUUUUUUCGUUGAAUCUGAUCCUGGUUUUCGCAACCAAUUUUACGGGUUUAUACGCCAAUUUAUUUUUAGAGUCCGUGCCUCUUCGUACUCCAUUAAAAAGGAAAGCAAUAAAAAAGCAAAGAACGGAGACAUUGAGCUUUCGACCAAGCUGGCUAAAGAAGUUGAAUUCGUUAAAGAGUUUUUUGUUUGGCUAAUUUCUUACCUCGAGCGGUGUCUUCGUCCCAGCGCACCUUACCAAUAUAGAUUUACUGCUAUGCUUUUGAUUCAACUUCUCGCAAACUCUGGUCUUGAUGAUGAAAUUCGUCCCGAAUGCUAUGAAAAACACCACGACUUUUUCCCCUUCAAAAUUCCUGUAUACAAUGAAGAGAUUGUUCGUCUGCUUAUUGAAAAUAUUGCCAACAAUUUUGAAGAUGUUCGCGCAACAGCUGCUAAAAUUAUUGGAAUUGCUAAACUUCCUCUCCCUUUAAUUGAGUCUUAUGAGCAAAUUGAAACUCUUGCAAAUCAAUCAUUAAGCACUUUAUCUGGUAUGAGGGGACGUGAGGGUGAUGCCGGUGCUCGAGGUCUGGAGCUUGCGUUUAAUCUUUACUUUAAUUUCCCAGUUCCUGAAUCUAAUGCCAAUUCCAAUAUUGAGCAUGGUCUUUCACUUUUUGAAACCAUCCUUUCCAAGCUUGAAGAUGAGAUUGAAUUUGCCAACAAAAAUAUGGCUACUGCUGUCCGUGAGCAUCCCAUUCAUGGUUAUUAUACUGCCCUUGCAUUUAUUCUUGGAUCUAUUGAUUUUUACAAGUUUUCCAGCACACCAAAAGACGAAAAAAAUUGGACUGAACUUAUCAAGCGUCUCAUAAAGAGCAUGAAUAAUGUUUGGGAGAAUGUGAAGGAAAUUCUGUGCCACGAUUCGCCCGAAGGUAAUCUUCCCAAAGAAUUUGAAGCCAAUUUUGAGCCUGAACUUGAAGCUCAAUAUGGCCCAGCAACUCAAGUCAUUUUGUCAUAUUCUUGGAGAGCCAUCAAAGAGUCGACAGCAAUGCUCAAGGUACUUUUUGACCGGGUGCCCUUGAAGGGGUCGACCAAAAAGAAGUCACCAGUUAAAAUUCAAACAGAAAUUUUCCCUCAAGAUCUUAUAGUUGAGAUUGGAGAACUAUUACUAACUCAAUUGGCAACUGUGAGACACCGUGGUGCUUUUUCUUCUAUCUACCCUGCGUUUGUGUCUUGCUGCAAGCGCUGCAACUUAACUCCUGGUAUUGAAAAUCAACCUGAAAAGUGGCUUUCUGAAAAUAUUAACCUCAUUAAAAUUAAAGCCCAGUAUGUUACACGUCGUUCUGGGGGUCUCCCCUAUUUGAUUACUGCUGUUUUGACGGCUGAGCUUGAACCCACUCUUGAUCUUAUUACUUCAACUUUUGAAAAGCUGCUUACAAUUGCUCAAAUCCCGGCAGUUUCUUCAGGCUCUGACAAGAUCGAUCUUCCUCAAGUGCACGCGUUUAACUGUAUUAAGGCUAUGUUUGUUGAAACCAAUCUUUCCAGCAGGUCAGCCUAUUUCAUUGAACCUUCUUUGGAGUUAGCCAUCAUGUCGUUUUCCAGUGAAAUUUGGGCUAUUCGCAACUGUGCUGUCAUGUUAUUCACAGCUCUGCAAAAUAGACUUUUUGGUACUGCCAAACCUACCAAGUCUAAGCUAACAAAUAGUACAAUAUCGGCUAAGAUUUUUUUUAACAAGUACAAAACCAUCCGUGAAACUUUGCUUCGUCUGCUUCAGCACUAUGUUGACCACAUGGAUGAAACAUCUUCAGGUGUGGAGAUUGUUUUCCCUAUUCUGUCACUUUUGUCAAGACUUGAAAGUACUGUGGGAUACAAUGGACUUGACGAUUUCCGACCUUUGGCUGUUUCCUGUUUGGGAAGCAAGAUCUGGAAAGUUCGUGAAAUGACUGCCCGUGUUAUCCCACCUCUGCUUGGUGAUCAAGAUACAAUUAAGUUUUUGAGAGACCUGAUUGAUGAUGCUUCACUUAAAAAUCAGAAUAAACUUCACGGUGUUUGUCUUGCCGGACUUAACAUUGUUAUUUCUAAGAUCCAAGCCGGUGCUGACAUUCCUCAAGAUUUUAUUGAAUUUUUCUUUAAAAAGUUUGAUGAAUUUGUCAUCUUUAAUCCCUCGCCCGAGACUGCGUUGGCGUAUUUGCGUAUUAUCAAAGAAAUUUUCCUCGUUACUCCGGACAAUCAAAUUCUUGUACAGAAGCUUGUACCCAAGUGUGCCCACCUGUGGAAGAACCUUCCUGGUUCGGGUAUGAGCUCUGCUCGCCGGGUGUUCCAGAGCGAGCUUGCUGAGAUUUCACUCGUUAAUGCUUUCAACAUUAAUGGUGACCCUCUUGCACUAGCAACUGAAAUGGUUUUGUGCUAUGAAUCGUACGAGGUUCAGCUAAUGGCCAUUGAGCAGCUUAGUAACCGUGUUGAUUAUUUAACUGGUACCAACUCAGCACAGGUGCUGCAAGCACUGUGGGCCGUAUUUGCCUCCCAAGCUUGGGAUCAAGUUCGUGGACCUGCUGCUCGUCUCUUUUCACAAAUAUUUGCGAAGUUCGCUCAAGAUGCAUCAGCACAGUCUUUCCGUGAUGAUGUUCCCAAGUAUUGGCAAGUCCUUUACUCUUCUGUCCGUCCCGGCGUAAACACAGAGGAGAUCAAUGAGUCGUGUUUGGAAGCAUUGGGUAUCUUUUCUGGGCAGUUGUACUGUCAAGAAGCUGAUGACCGCGUAAACAAAUGGCUUGAGCUUGUUUCCCGGUUUUCUGAUGAGAACGAAGCAUACCCUGCGCGUGACGCAGCUCUUACUUCUUUGCUGGCGUUUUUGUCGACAAUCAAAAUUAAACAGGGUGCUCCAUACGCUGAUGCUCUUCUUCAGUUGUUUUUCUUUUUGUCUGAUGACGACGAAGAUAUCCGUGCAACAGCAUCUGAAUAUGUGUCGCGGAUGCUUGGGCUGCGGUUUUUAGCAACGAGUGCACAUUGUGAGAAUCAACUGCUUCGUGAACGUAUUGUUAGCUGUGAUUCUUCUGCUCAUAUUGCCCGACAGUUGUUUAGUUACCUUACCGAGAGACAGAAGUCUGCCACAGAUCUACUGGCUGAAGCCCGUGCUGUUGACGAUGCACUGUUCAAUUAUGAGAAACAGAAUCUUUUUAGAGAUGAGGUUGCCAAGUUUGAACAAGUUGGCGGGGCACUUUUGGAUAUUCUAAAGAACAAUGACACUCUUUUGAGAGAGGAAAUCGAGCAGUGGAUAACUGACGCAGUGCCUGCUCUGAAGUCUACAAUUGCGGAGCUUGGAGGCGAUGAAACUCUGCUUAUUUGGGGUAAAGACCCAAAGAUUACAAAGGAAGUUUCGCGCAUUAUUAUUGUUGCACGCAUCUACGAAGCUUUAGAGGGUGUUGUUGUAAUUGAACCCAGUGAAAGCAUCAAAGCCAUGCUUAUUAGAAUUUAG